UUUCAGAUAAAUGUGAAGCUCAGCGAGAGGAUAUUAAACACAGAAAUCACACGUAGAGAAAAAACAGGCAGAUGAAAGGAAGGGGAAGGGUUAAAAGUCUAAAUCUAUGAAGGGGAGCUCUCUCUCUCUCUCUCUCUUCCUCCCCCCUACCUCUCUCGACCGCGCGGCUGCUCGCCGCCUCUCUCUCCACCUGUUAGUGCGGACCGCUCAUGCUCUGACAUCCACCUGUUUGUGCAGGAAUCUCCUCCACUCACACAAUCAAAGACUCUAUGACGGUGCGGCGAGGAAAGAAGCUCAGCAUCUCCAUCCAGGAACACAUGGCCAUUGACGUUUGCCCUGGCCCCAUCAGACCCAUCCGACAGAUCUCUGCCUACUUCCCCCGCCUGUCCCCCACCUCCCCCGGCCCAAUCUCCCCGAACCCUGUCUCCUCCCCUCUGGCCCUCAGCCCAGGUUCUGUGGCCUCCGGGAUGGGCGGGGCCCACCUCCUGUCUCCCCUGCUGGCCCACGGCCGGCCGGCCGGGGGCGGGUCUUUGUCCCUGACCAGCAGCGUGGACACGUCGGUGGAGAUCAACAGCUCCGACAGUGACGACUGCACUGCUCUGGGAACCCUUGAGUUUGAGCUGCGAUACGAGCAGAGCUCCAGUGAGCUGCACUGCACUGUGCUCCGGGCCAAGGGUCUGAAGCCCAUGGACUUCAACGGUUUAGCCGACCCGUACGUCAAACUGCACCUGCUGCCUGGAGCCUGUAAGGCCAAUAAACUGAAAACGAAGACGAUCCGUAACUCUCUGAAUCCAGUGUGGAAUGAAAGGCUCACUUACGUCGGGAUCACAGAAGAAGACAUGCACAGGAAGACGCUCAGGUUGACUGUAUGCGACGAGGACAAGUUGACUCAUAAUGAGUUGAUCGGAGAGUCCCGGGUGCCUCUGAAACGGGUGAAACCCGACCAGACGAAACAUUUCCACACCUGCCUGGAGCACCCACCCCCGCUCCCCUCUCCUACCGCCAUGGGUGAAGCCCUUCGAGGAAUUUCCUGCUACUUAAGAGAGUGGGAGAACGAGCAGCUGCACAGCCUGGAGGAGAGAGGCCGUCUUCUCCUCUCCCUGCAGUUCCUGCCUCCGCUCAGUGUGGAGGAUAAAGACGCCGAGGGAGGAGGCGAAGGGCGUCGCAGCGGGGGGCUCUGUGUGGGCGUGAAGCGAUGCGCCCACCUGGCGGCCAUGGACGUCAACGGAUUCUCCGACCCCUACGUCAAAAUAUACCUGAAGCCCGACAUACAGAAGAAAUCCAAGCACAAAACGGCAGUGAUCAAAAAGACCCUCAACCCUGAAUUCAACGAGGAGUUCUUCUAUGAGAUCUCCCUGUCGGAGCUGGCCAACAAGACGCUGGAGGUGACGGUGUGGGACUACGACCUGGGACGCUCCAAUGACUUCAUAGGCGGCGUCUGUCUGAGCUGUCACUCCCAGGGCGACGCCCUCCGACACUGGAUGGACUGCCUCAAGAACAAGGGCAGGAGGGUGGAGCGGUGGCACAUCCUCACCAAUGAGCUGCCACGAUCUGUCAGCCACGACUAAACCCAACGCAGCAUCCUCCGAGCACGCAGACGGUGGCUGUCAGGGAUCACUCUGUUCACAGAGAUCCUCCGGUUGCUUUAAGGCGCGGACUCGAGCAACUUCACCACAGGAACAGUGUAUUAUAAUAAUAAGAGCCACCAUGACGGGCGGAGAGCAGGGUGAAGCUGGAGCAGCAUGGUGGUGUGCCUUCACUAUUGGUCAUCCAGACCGAUCCAUGACGAGGGCUCACACAGAUUCAACAGAAACUACGGCUGGAGAAGGCCGAAAUUACACUGCAUGUUUUUUGUUUUGUAAAUCACGUCCCAUGCGCUCAGUUGAAGAAAAAUCAGUUUUUCAGUGUUAUGUUUUUGGUGUUAUGACCCCCCCACCCCCACGCCGUCUGUUCCAGUCAGAACUGCGUCUACAUGGACAGAGAACAUCUUUGCAUUCAGCCAAACUAUAUAUAUAUAUAUAUACAUAUACAUAUAUAUGUGAGGAUUCAGAAAGUGUUGUUUUGAAAGUUUUUUUAUAUUAUAAAACACAAUAAAAUAAACUAUAAAAGAUUUUUCCACACAUAGGUAAAAGAAAUAAAUAAAUCAGCCUAUAUAUGUAUAGAUAUAUAGGCUGAUUUAUUUAUAAAUAGGUAAAAAAAUAUAAUAAGGUAAAUUAAAAAGUUUUCGGUUCCCUGUUUUAACCAGUUUGCGACAUUUCCAGUCCAAAUGCGCAGAAAUAACUGUUUUUGUACAACAUAUACUCAUAUACAAGUCAUGUCAGCUUCGUCACGGAGGCAAAGGUCUUAAAAAUCUGUGCAAGGUUAAUUAAAAAAAAAUUCAUCCAGAUGGUUAAUUUAGAGCCUAGAAUUAUCUUAAGAACCGCUAUAUAGCUGUAUAGCUAUAUGAACAGUCCAGUAGUCUCGACACACAAUGCCUGAUACUUGCCUGAGACAAAACCGAAUGUAAUUUCAGUUCAUUAAGUAACUUUUUUCCCCUUAAAAUAAAUAUUGGGUCACAGAUCUAUGAUAAAAGCUCUGUUCAUAUAAGUGUAUAAUACAAUAAUAAUUUUUACAUUUAAUGUGA